AUGUUUGAGGAUUUUGAGUUUGAGGACUUUAAUCCUGCGAAAAGGAUUAAAAGCGAAGAACAGGUGACAGAUGAUCUUCAAAUACGCCCUCAGGCCAGGUUUGCAGCGCAGCUUGUUGAGGUGUACUACCUGAGGAGCUCUAGAUUAAAAUGCGAACAGAGCCGAAAGGAAGGAAAUGAGAUGUACAGCCUCGAUGAUAUGGUGCAAUCUUUGGCACAACAAGUGGGAGCCACUGUGCAUCAUUUUCAAUUGAUUGACAAACGAUGUGUUCCAGCUUCAUUCGCACGUUCCAAUGUUCCUCUUGAACCUCCUAGGCGUCCAUUUUUAGCAUCUGUCUUGGCAGUGUUGGUACAAGCCUUUGUGUUUGAGAGUGGUGGUGCAUAUAUAUCGUUGUCUACUUUUGAUGAGUGGUUUAGCAGUGUGAGUGGUGUUGAUGGAGCUCCUAUCUCAAGGUGCUGGGUGGAGGCGAAGAUGCAUGUGGCUAAGUGUCUUGCAAGCAAAAACAAAGUUGCUGUGUUUGGACAAGAAAUUAUAUGGCGACACUUCAGUAGGCUUCAAGGGAUUCACUGCCUCCGUGAUAGGGUUUUGUGGAUGAUUCGAGCAAGUGUCGACAACAGGAUUCAACGUCUGCAGGAGGGCGGCGGUAUACAUUUUGCUCCAUUACUUAAUGAAGAGCGUCGAAUGGAGUGGCGUUCGGAUUUCACUUCACCCAAAGAGUGUUUUCUGUGGCCCAUAUGGAGUAAAGCUUUUCUUUGCUUGUGUGUGUCCAACUCCCCUUCACUUGAGGAGAAGCUGAUGUUGGCAGAGAAAUUGUUCAUUCAGGGUGUUGAGAAUUGCGUCACGCUCAUUUCACAAAUUACUCAAAUACUCAACGGAGAGACAAUCGACGAGAAAUACUCAUCACAGUUGCUUGAUUUCAAUGUUUUUUGUAGUGGAACAUCUGGAGAAUUUGCGGCCGUUUGUUUAUUUUCGGCGUUGAAAUGCUCACUCAAUGCGUACUUUUCAGGUGAACCUACAACUAAAUUUGGUGUUGAGCUAGCUACCAAUGUCAUGUCGAAGCUCUUCUGUCAGCUUAUUGAGUAUUAUCUUUUUGCUUCACCCUCGCCUCGUCAUUAUCAUUUUUUGGACGCAUGUCAAAGUUUAUGGCGAGAGUCUGGUGCCACACAUCAAGCAAUGGUUUUUGCUCAGCCGUUUACUCCACGACGUCAGGAAAGAACCUCCUUUGUUUUUCAAGAGAAUGCCUUUAAGAGAACCAAUACAGAAGUAUUUUCCUCAUAUGAGGCAGAUGUAUGCUCUGUAACUCCGUUGUUUUCUGCGUGUGUUCUAAACGGUUUUCGUUCAAGGGAAAAGCUUGAAAAAUUAGUGAGCUGCAUUAGAUUUCAACAUCAAAAGUUGGGUAUGCUUUGUAGUGAAGCUAGUGAUGAUCACCUACUGCCUCCAGCAGGUGCUAUCAAGCUUUCUGAUUCUUUAAAACCUGUUACAGAUACGGAGUCUCUUAUAGAAGGAAUGAUUUGUACAUCUUGGUGCAUACUUGAAUUGCCUGCGGAAUCUCCAGGUGAGAACGCCCUCAUUGAAAGCUUUUUGAGAAGUGAGGCUGAUUCUCUUAUCAAAAAGGGAAUUGAUAAGGCGGCGGCGGUGUCAAACAGUGAAUCUGGAAGUCAAUACACUUCCUUUGCUUUUUGA